AUGAUUCUCCUCUGCUUAUCAACGAUUUGUACGGUGCUGCUGAUCUUGCUCUUCCGCGAAAUCCAUAGAGCCGCUACAUACUGGAGGAAUAAGGGUAUACCCUACGAAUCGUACGGCAGCUAUCUCUACUAUUUCUUCUUCUGUGAGAGCCGGGUGGACAUCUUCAAUUCGAUCGAAGAAUACAACAAGAAAUACGGAAGCGUAUACGGUACGUAUUCGGGUCUGAGUCCUGUUCUGCGGGUCAGCACUCGAGAAGGGAUCAAAGAAGCCCUCUCGAGUAACUUCUACGAAACCGGUAGCGUCUUGACGGGAUCGAAACUGAGACUCAUGAAAGAUCAGUUCGAACGAUCUGCGAAGCUCCUCACAUCGAAGUUGGAGAAACUUGCGGACACCAAUGAAGAGAUCUCCACGGCUCAUUACUCGCACGCUGCAGUCAUGAACGCAAUAGCUGCCGUGACCUUCAGCUUGGACAUCGAUGCUUUCGAUGAUCCGAAUAACAAGUUCGUCGAGAGCUUCACCGGCUGCUUCAACGGCAGCUUGGGAUUCAAUCUGAUGAUGGCAUUCCCUAAUAUUCUGAAAUACCUGCCUUUCGUCGAGUAUCCGCCGAAGAAACUCGACAACUACUUCGUUCAGUUCUCGAGAUCGCUGCUCGAAAAGCGUCGGAAGCAGAUCAGGAAUCCGGAAGAGUUGGACUUCCUCGAUUCCUGGCUGGAGAGUCAGAAAGCGAACCCAAAACUCACAGACGACUUACUCAUCUCCCAAAUGAUCAUUUUCUUGAUAAAUGGCUUCGAGACUUCAGCCUAUGCGCUGACUUUCGCCAUGUACCUCUUCGCCACACAUCCACAAAUGCAGGAGAAGGCUCACCGGGAUGUCAUUGAGAACAUCUCGGAUCCCGACAACGUGACAUUCGAAGACUAUCACAAGAUGAAAUAUCUCGAGGCUGCGAUCUGGGAAACCUUGAGGCUGUAUCCAAUGGACUUCGUCACCGACCGAGUGACUAGUGAGCCAUGUACGAUAGCCGGGGUUUCCCUAGACAAGGGUAUAACCAUUCACGUCCCGACGAGUGCUGUCAAUAAGGAUCCGGAACGUUUCCAUGAGCCGUCGUUAUUUAAGCCGGAAAGGUAUUUGGAGGGCGGCGAGAAGACUCAAGAAAUCAUAAGUUUCGGUGAAGGGCCCAAAAAAUGCGUUGGGAAACGAUUCGCCAUCUAUCAGCUGAUAAUUUUCAUGGCGGCCAUUCUACGGUCAGUGCGUCUGGAACCCGCCGACGACGGGGUUUACGAUCCUUCUCUGGAAUAUCAGGCUGAAAUAGAGAGACAGCCUGGGCAGAUGUUUCUGCCUUUCCCGAAAGACACUCUGAGAGUGAAGGUCGCCUCAAGACGAGCCUGAUAUCAGUACAGCCCAAUCGUUCAGAUCAUCAUCAUUCAAUGAAUUGCAAAAACGAUCUGCUCCUUCCGUCGCGUCGACUUCUCCUAGUGUACUCAAUCCACCAUCGAGGCGCCAAUAAAUUUUCAAGCUCUCCGAUGUUAGUAGUUCGUG